UUCUUCUUCCAUUCUUCUUGCUGCAGAGGCCCACUUAUCUGAGACCCGAUUGAAUCGCGAUGAGACUCGUUUAGAUAAGACAGAGCGCUUUUGUCACGUUUUUCCCCCUUUCAACAAAGCACCGAACGACAUGUCUGUGUGGGAAGCCAUUCCGUCCGAUCUUCCGGUCGGAGUGUUACAGCUAGAGAACCAGGUGGCCGGACACACGGCAGCCCAGGGAUGCCUUGGUCUACUGAAAACCCCCAGCAAUGGAACGAUCCUCAAGCCAACCGGGAAGGUACUUUGUGGCAUACGAGAGAUAGCUUUCUACGAGCUUUUGGAAAAGGCGCGGCAACGGGAACACGACCAUGCGAACGCGGCUGACCAGCUGUGGGCGGUGUUGUGUCAGGUGGUGCCAAAGUAUUUCGGCCAUCCGAUGCUUACCAUCGACGGGAAGGAGGUGGAAUUCAUCCAGCUGGAAGAUUUAACGGAAGGGCUCGAAUGGCCUUGCAUCAUGGACGUGAAGAUUGGACGCCGCACAUGGGAUCCGCUGGCGACGCCGGAGAAGCGCAAGGCGGAGGAGAACAAAUACAAAGCAUGCAGGCAGCGUUUUGGACUGUGCAUUCCCGGCUUUCAGCUGUACUCGGUGCGCGACCGCGGACUGUUGAUACGACACGGAAAGGAUUACGGCAAGAAGCUUACCGAGGACAACAUUCGUAACGCAUUCCUGCUAUACUUAAAUGCAACCGAGGAUGGGCGAGUUUCGCGAAUGCUGCUGGAACAGUUUUUGCACGAUUUGCGUCUGAUUCGCGACUGGGCUCACAAGCAAACCAUGUACCGGCUGUACUCAAGCUCGGUACUGCUCGUAUACGAUGCGGCCCGACUAGAUGAGCCCAGCCGCAGCACGGAACAACAGAGAGAAAGUCUGACUAGCUCACACGGAAUGCGGAGCAGUGUGCGGGCACGGAUGAUUGAUUUUGCCCACGCAUUUCCGACCGAAUCGUCCGAAGCGGACACCGUGGAUGAAAAUUACCUACAGGGAGUAGACAGUUUAGUCGACAUAUUUGAGCAGUUUAUUGCCACUGGCCAGGUAGACUAAAGACUGGAGCGAAACGGGUUUCAAGAAGAUUCGUGUCUCUUCGGAAGCAACACACCACUGUAAGUGGACAUUUCUCUGCUAUAGAUCUUGAUCAAUUCCCCUGGUGAAUGAAACACAAAAACACCAUACUGUGGCCACUAUUAGUCGUGCCAUCUUGAAAUGUUUUGCUGUGGUGUGAAGUAUUUUCUUACUGUGAAUGAUAUAACUACUAUAAGCAGUGUGAGAUCGUGUAGCGUUACGGUAACAAAACUCGGACAAAAACCUUACAUGGGUGGCAACGAGCAUGAGCAUGGGCACUCCAUAAGAGCGCCAUACCAAAGCAAAGCGGCGAAUACUUAGCAUAACACACGAAAACCUUAGCACAUACGGUUGUUGUAUCAUGAAAAAAAGUGCCAUGAGUGCAUGGUAAGGUUUCCACGACACUAAGUACACACUACGCAUUUAAUGUUAGUUUUAGCUAACCCACAUUAUUUAAUUUGCUAAUAAAGGGCUCGCUAAAGAACG